ACGUCACUACAACAUUGCUUUCGCUUUCUUCUUCUCUUGCUCCUCUUCAGAUAACGAAAAUGGACACUGCGCCUGCUGGAUUGGGCUAAAAUGAAAUAAUCUUGUGACGGGCCGCUGACUGUGAGAGAGGACGAGAAGUAUGAAAAGGCAAGAGCCAAAGCAAGAUGAGGAAGAGAAAGAUAAUUUUGCAAAAAGGCCCAGAAGAACCUCAACAGAGCCAGAGGAUGAGGUGUCAGGAAAACCAGAUUCAUCCUUUGACUGCGAGGACAUGUAUUGUCAUGGACAAAAGAGCACUGGAAAAAGUGCUGAAACAGGGAGAUCACAGUCAACAUCUCCUAGCUAUAUCUCUAUGAAAAGUAACAAGUCACUAGACCGACCAAUAAAGUUCAACCAGGGAGAAAAUAGGAGUGGAGAAAAUUGGCCAACCUCAGCAACAGCACCACAGGAAUACACCCUGCAAGACACCACUGGACACCUGGAGGAGAGAUUCUGUCCAGAGCACAACAUGCCUAUGGAAGUGUUCUGCAAGACAGACCAGACCCUGAUCUGCAAAGAGUGCGCAACUCUGACACACAGAGGCCACAAGAAACGCUACACAACAAGAGCCAGGGUCCUCCAGGAGCUCAACACAGUGUCUUUACUUGAGCAAACACUGAUCAACAUAGACAAGAAUGAGUUUAUGAAAUAUCUGUGUCAAAAUUGUCCUGAAUACUUUGAGUCUUCUCUGGAGGCUCAUGACGUCCACAAAGCAUCUGAACUUGUUCUGAAGAGCUUUGGCUCAGAGGGUGCUCUAAAGAUAGUCUUGAAGUUCAUGCUUGAGAAAGGGAAGCACAUCCAGGAUCGUCUUAAAUCUAAUCUACAAGAUCAUCUUAAAUCUAAAUUUGAGUGCAUACGUGAGGGAAAUGCUCAACAAGGGAAUCCAAUCCUUUUAAAUGAGAUCUUCACAGAGCUGCUGAUUACAGAAGGAGGGAGUGGAGAUGUCAAUAAAGAACAUGAAGUCAGGUUGAUCGAGGAAGCAUCAAAGAACAAAGGCAUUCGAGAGAACGCAAUAAAAUACAACGACAUCUUCAAACCUUUACCCGGACAGAGAAAACGCAUCAGAACUGUGCUCACAAAGGGCAUCGCUGGGAUUGGGAAAACAGUUUCUGUGCACAAAUUCAUCCUGGACUGGGCAGAAGGGAAGGCAAACCAGGACAUCCACUUCAUGUUUCCACUCCCUUUUCGUGAUCUGAAUUUGAAGGGAAAUGUCAAAUAUAGCUUAAUUCAACUUCUUCAUCAGUACUUUCCAGAACUCAAAGAACUACAAACUAUUAGGAGUGAGGAAGUAAAGACUGUGUUUAUCUUCGAUGGUCUGGACGAGUGCCGACUUCCUCUUGAUUAUAAGAACAAUGAAUUGUGUUGUGACCCUACGAAGAAAACGUCUGUGGAUGCGCUGCUAACAAAUCUCAUUCAGGGGAAUAUACUUCCCUCUGCUCUCCUCUGGAUAACCUCCCGACCAGCAGCGGUCAGUCAGAUCCCACCUGAUUGUGUUGACCAGGUUACGGAGGUCCGAGGAUUUAAUGAUUCUGAAAAAGAGGAGUACUUCCGGAAGAGGUUCAGUGAACCAGGCCUUGCUGACAGAAUUGUUGCACAUAUAAAGUCUUCAAGGAGCCUCCACAUUAUGUGCCAUAUUCCAGUCUUCUGUUGGAUAUCAGCCACAGUUCUGGAGAAAAUGUUAGAUAAACCAGACUGUGAAGAAGUGCCUAAAACUCUGACUCAGAUGUACACCCACUUUCUUAUUAUUCAAACUCAAAUGAAGAACAAGAAGUACCAUGGAGUGAUUAGGGACGAAAUAGACCUGAUGGAAUCAGAUAAGGAGAUGAUCACAAAACUAGGAAUGCUAGCAUUUCAGCAAUUGGAGAAAGGAAAUCUAAUUUUUUAUGAAAAAGACCUGACAGAAUGUGCAAUCGAUGUCAGCAAAGCAUCCGAGUACUCUUCAAUUUGUACAGAAAUCUUCAAAGAAGAGCUUGGAUUGUACCGAACUAAGGUCUUCUGCUUUGUGCACCUGAGCAUUCAGGAGCAUCUCGCUGCAGUGUACGUGCAACUCAAAUUUGUGAACAGCCACAUUAACAUACUGAGUGAAGACUCAGAGAGUCAGAGCAGUAACUUGUCAGAUUUGCACAAGAGUGCUGUGGACAGAGCCUUGCGGAGUGAGAACGGACACUUUGACCUUUUCCUUCGCUUUCUUCUCGGUCUCUCACUUCAGUCCAAUCAGGUUCUUUUGAGAGGAAUACUGUCAAAACAUUCUGUGGAAAGCUUUGAGGAAACUGUGGACUACAUUAAGGAGAAGAUCAGAAAUGAGUCUUCAGCAGAAAGAACCAUCAACCUGUUAAACUGUCUGAAUGAAUUGAAUUACAAUUCUUUGAUGGAAGAAAUCCAGAGUUUCUUGAGAUCAGGCAGGUAUUCUCAGACAGAGCUCCAACCUGACCAAUGCUCUGCUCUUGCCUAUGUGCUGCUAACAUCAGAGGAUGUGCUGAAUGAAUUUGACUUGAAAAUGUGCAACACAUCUCCUGAAGGAUAUCGUAGAUUGUUACCAGUUGUCAAGACUUCAAAAAGAGCCAUUCUUGCAGGUAUCAGUCUCACAGAUGAAUCAUGUGAAACUCUAGCUUCAGUUCUCCAAUCAUCUAACUCGCACCUGAAAGAACUGGACCUCAGCUCCAACAAUCUGGGAGAUUUAGGAGUCAAGCUUCUCUGUGCUGGGCUCUCAGAUCCGCAUUGUAAAUUAGAGAAACUGAAUCUCAGUCACAAUAAGCUAGAAGACAUAGGAGUGAAGCUGCUUUGUGAAUGUCUGAUGAGUCCACACUGUAAGCUGCAGACACUCAGUUUGGCUGGCACCACCUUCUCAGAACGAUCUUGUGACUUGAUGGCAUCAGUUUUCCAGACUGAAAAUUCACUGAAAAAGCUGGACCUUGGCUGCAACAACAGGAAAGACACUGGAGUGAAGCUGCUUUCUGCUGGACUGAAAAGUUUACACUGUAAACUAGAGAAACUUGGGUUGGACAGAUGUGACCUGAUGGAUGAAUCUUGUGAAGCUUUGACAGCUGCUCUACAGUCACCCAGCUCAUGCAUGAAAGAGCUGAAUCUCAGCUACAAUAAGCUGGGAGACUCAGGAAUGAAGUGGCUCUGUGAUGGACUAACACAUCCAAACUGCAAACUGGAGAAACUUGAUCUCAGCUACAAUAACCUUGGCCAUUCUGGAGUAAAAGUUCUCUGUGCUGGACUGAUGAACCCAGACUGUAAACUGAAGAGUAUAAGACUUGCUAAUGUUGGCAUUCUGGAGGGGACAUGUGAAACUCUCACCUCAGUUCUAGAGUCAGCAAAUCCACACCUGAGAGAGCUGGAUCUCAGCAACAAUUACAUGGGAGAUUCAGGAGUGAAACUGCUAUGUCCUGGACUGAAGAGCCCAAACUGCAAACUAGAGAAACUGAGUCUGUGCUGGUGUAAUCUCACAGACGGAUGCUGUUCAAAUCUAGCCUCAGUGUUGAGUUCCCUCUCUUGCUUGAGAGAACUUGAGCUGAGAGACAAUGACCUGCAGGAUUCAGGUGUGAAGCAGCUUUGUGCUGGUCUUCAGGAUCCACAGUGCACACUGCAGAAACUGAGUCUUUCAGGGUGUUGUGUUACAGAAGAAGGUUGUUCUGCUCUAGGUUUAGCUUUGAACUCAGAUCAUUCAGAGCUAAAAGAGCUUGACCUCAGCUAUAAUCAUCCUGGAGAACAAGGGUUGAGACAGCUGUCCACCAUACUGGAUGAUCCAUGCUGUAAACUGGAGAAACUGAAUGUGGAAUGCUGCAGUGAGUUCAGAAACAAACCAGGACUGAAGAAAUACGCCUAUGAGAUCACAUUUGACCCAAACACAGCACACCGAGCCCUGUCUCUGACUGGGAACAGAAAGGUGACAAAGACGAAAAGGGAGCAGUCGUACCCCGACCAUCCAGAUCGGUUUGAAAACUAUGGUCAGGUUUUGUGUAGAGAAAGCUUGUGCAGGGCUCGCUUCUACUGGGAAGCUGAGUGGACUGGGGAUGUUGUUUACAUAGGGAUGACUUACAAAGGAAUCAACAGAAAAGGUCGUGGGAAUGAUUGCAAACUGGGGACAAAUAACAAAUCUUGGAUUCUGUUCUGUUCAGUUGACUAUGGGUAUUAUGUCAGUUACAAUGCCAAAGAGGCUGUCAUUCCUUCUCCCAACCCUUCCAAAAGAAUGGGAGUCUAUCUGGACUGGCAAGCUGGCACACUCUCCUUCUAUAUCAUUUCCCCGGAUAGAGCAUACCACACAUAUACAUUUCACACCACCUUCACUGAGCCCUUGUAUCCAGGCAUCAGCGUUUAUAGCUAUGAUGAUACAGUCACACUGUGUGAGCUAAAGUAACACAUGAACACACAUGGGUGUCAAACUCUAGUCCUUUUAAUGAUUAGUUUAUGAUUCAUGAGUUUAGUAGACUGUGCUCAACCAGAGCUUCUUUUUCUUGCCCUGCUUUGAAUGUUUCCUCCUAUUUUUCAUCUGUUAUUACAAUGUUUGAUACCAACUCCCCUUUUUCUUGACCUCCAUUUUGUUAUCCUUAGAUUCAUGUUGUAAUGCUUUUAAAGUUUUGAAAAUAAUCUCUUUUUUGUCUUCCCCUCUGUAAAUGAUAUUAAUGGUUCCUCUAGUUUGGAUGGUGCUUUGCAAAAACCAUUACCAUUCCUUAUGCAAAUAACAUUACCAUCUAAUAUUCCUUAUGUUUCUGCAGUUAAUGUCUUAGUUGUAAGAAUUUAUAAAAGUCAUGGACUGGUAGUUUAAACCAGUCUGUUUUAAAAAAACAGGGUUUGUUGUUAUUUUAGUGGCCCUACAGAUGGAGUUUGACAAUUUGAAUUUCUUUCGUACCACUGACCAUAUUCUUAUCAUUGCCCCAAACCACUCAUUACCGAUCUUGACUUUUCUGUCAAAAAUGGGAGUGAUUCCAACUGUACAUUGUGACAUGAUCUUUGCUCCAAUCCUACCCACACUGCAUCUGUCUCUUUAGUUGUCCACAUAAUUAUAGCUUUUAGAUGUGCUGCCCAAUAGUAAUUUUUUAGAUUGGGUAAGUUUAACCCUCCCUUCUCUUUCGGACAAAAGACUGUCUUAUAUUUAAUUGUAGCUUUCUUAUUUUGCCAUAAGAAUUGUGACAUUAUUUUGUCUAAUAUUUUAAAGGUAUAACUAGGAAUUCCAAUAAGUAGUGAUUGGAACAAAAGCACCAAUCUUGGUAAAAAAUUCAUUCUUACAGUUUCUAUUCUCCCUGUCACAGACAUAGUUAAAAUCUCCCAUCUAAUCGAAUCCUUCUUUAUCUCAGUUAUCGGUUUCCAAUAGUUCACUUCAAAUAGGCUUAAUGUUACAGGCGUAAUAAUGAUGCGCAGGUAUCUAAAUCCUUUAUUAGUCCAUUUAAAACAAAAUUUACCCUCUAGCUCUGCUGGACAAUCGCCUGAAAUCAUCAUAGCUAGUGAUUUACCUUCAUUGGUCAAUUUUUUUUCAGUAUUACUUCAGGUUGUCUAACAGGGCUGGAAUGGAUGAUGAUGGUUAGCUUAUGUAUAUUAAUAUGUCAAAUGCAAAUAAAG